UCAGAGAUCGAUAUUUAAAAGCGAGUCGCGUGGGUAGAUCUCUCGGUUGUCCUCUCCAACCUUCACUCUGGUCCAGUUGACGCAGUGACCCCGGAUCUCUCUCUCUCUCAAAUCUCAGAGCUUCAACCAUGGCGGACGAUGUCCCUCCAUUCGAAGACGCGGUGACAAAAGGGUUCAACCCUGGAUUAAUUGUGUUGCUUGUUGUUGUUGGGUUACUGGUGACUUUUCUUGUCGGAAACUAUGUACUUUAUGUUUAUGCUCAGAGAACUCUUCCUCCAAAAAAGAAGAAGCCAGUGUCUAAAAAGAAGCUGAAGAAGGAGAGGCUGAAGCAAGGCGUCUCUGCUCCCGGGGAGUAAAUAUGGAAAAAAGAUCGCAACUAUGCAUGUUGAACACAUGUUGAAAAGUUGUUCUUUAAUUUCCUUGAUACUAGAUGGAAUUGAACUUAGUAAUUGGAAGUAACCCUGUAUUGGCCUAGCGAGACCAGGGAGUGAGAACGUUGUUCCUAAGACAGUUUUUACCUCUUAAAUUUACUGUCUGUACUUGAUUUCCUUUCCUUAAACAAAUAGUCAGAACUUAGAAUGAGUUACCUUUCCAAAUU